AUGGCUCCCGUCUCACCGUCAACCACUUCGACGCAAGUCGCUGUCCUAUCCACCACGCCCACACCCUUCAUAUUCGGCACCACUAUCGCCAUUCUCGCACUGCUCACCAUAAUACUUGCCUUGCUUGCCCUCAUCUUGCGUCUUCAGGCACUACAGCUUCGCCGUCGUACACGCCCCCGCGUACAGUCUCCGCCUGCUGUGGCCCGCGUUCCUGUUUUCUUCGCCGCGCCUACACGCAGCGCGAGCGGAUCUCGAGGCGGUGGGAAAAAGAGGGAUACGGGACGGCACGAAGAUAAGGGCGCGAGCCGCGGAACGUCUCCGGAUGAUGAGGUUGAGGAGGUUGAACUCAACGUACUGGAGUAUGGGCCAGGAGGCGGAGGGGGAGUAGAACCAGUCGGAAGUGCUCUGUGA